AGAACUCAUAUCUACGGUUAUCUCGAUGACUCCUAUAUUAAUAUAAUCCCGGAUGAUCGAUCUCACUCCGGCAUUUCCUUGCAUCAUUUCCAGGGGGGUAUAUAAUGUCAUAAUCCCGUCGGCUGCAAAUCUAUUGCCAUUGUCAUCAUCACCAUCCCAUCAUUUCCUAUCAGUCCCGUCGCUGCAUCUCCUCCACCUCAUUCUGUUUCUCUUCCUUUGAUUCUCCCAUCUUGAUCCCUCUCAAGUCUUCCUGUCCAGUCUACUGUAUCUCCCUUCCCGCGAUCCCAUUCAUGGCCUUCCGUGUCCCAACCCAACUUCCCCGCCGUCAGACGACCUACUCCCAAGAGCCUCCCACCCUCGACACCUCCCCCUCCUUUUCCCAGGCCCCUGAUGACGAGUCUACUCACUGGGUUCUCUUCUCUCCCUCUCAGGAGUCUGCUUCCGACGCUGCCCAUACCCGUUCCGCUUCUACCGAACGCACCCCCCGGACAACAGGUCCGUCUCGUCUGAGCGACUUCGGCUCCUUUGGCACCCCAACCCAGUCGGGCGCAGGCGUUGAAUCGGCUGAAGACGACGACGAUGAUGAUGACAAGGACGUACUCGAUUCCGUAGACGAAGAUGGCACAGAGCUGGAUAGUCUGGAUGAUGGUCUUCACGCGUUUCCCCACCCUUCCCUGACCCAGGCGACCGUAUCCCGCUGGGAUCAGGGCGUUCCCGCUGUCCUCCCGGCGCACGACGGCCUGGGGAGUUUCAUGGCAUCCAGCCAGACUGUUCAGGAACAGUUAUGGCAGUACGAACAGUUUAACCCUCGUCGCAGGCCGGAGGUGCAAGCCCGUCGGAUGUCGAUUAUUCGUCGACAGCUGGAUACUGUCGCAGAAUCCGAAGAAGUGGAUGUCGAGCGGGAACGAUGGGAGCGUAUCGAAAGAUGGAGGAUGGAUCAGAGUCGUGCGCUCCUGCGUGAGGUUGAACGAGAAACCCGUCGUCGACGACGGAAUAGCCGUGUCAGUCUGACUAGUGACAAGGGAGUUACUCGUUCUCCCGUUGCGACUGAAUCCCUGCAGGACAUUCCCGAGACGUCGAAAGGUGUCCAGUCUUCGGAAACAGAAACGGAAGAAUACGAGACCUUUUGGCAGCGUAUCACUCGCAAGUUUAUCAAGAAUCUCAUCGGCAUCGAUGACUCCUUGUUAUCCGUCAUCCUGGGCGAGUCAUUGCCUGAAGAUCAGCAGCAACAAGAAGAAAAUAAUGCCCGAUCUAGAGCCGAUGCUCAAUUGGAUGGACCGUGGGAUUUGGAUGCCAUAAUGAACCGGGAGCUGGACUCCCUUCCCAACUUCGACCAACAGCAUUGGCAGACAAAGCUUCUCCAACGCGUCGCUCGUGAGUUGGGGAUCCUAAUCCAUCAAUUUGUCGGACAUCCGGGGGCAUUUACGACGUACUUGCAGCUCUCUGAAGGGAUAUCCAGUGAAUACGCUGGCAUGCCCGUAGGCCAUCUGGCGGAGAGAGCAAGCCUCCGAAAUCGUUCCUCAUCAGAUGCGGCCAUUACCACUGCUUCAGCGGACAGCGCGAACAAUCCGGCUUCCAUCCCCUCUCCACACUUUAUUCCCACUCUCCGCGACGCCAACAGUGGCCCAGACCACGCUGCCCAAUGGGGCAUUGAAGACGAAGACACCCACCGCAAUACCACCACUACUGAAGAUCCGUUAUCGGAAUCGACGCGUCUGCAACAAGAACAAGAAUACUGGGAACGCGAACUGGACGUCAUGAUGGUCUUCCGCUACCUGCGCAACCGCUUCAGUCGCAGAGGUAACGAUGACGUUGAUUACGGCAACGCUAAUAAUAAAACCAUUAACAAUAAUCAUAAUCAUAUUCGCAUGCAUAGCAGUUCAAACCCUUCCUCCUACACUCUCCAAGACCCCUCGCGCCGUGCCGCCAUUAUCCGCCAACACCACCCACUCGUCGCACACGCACACUCCCGCUCUCAGGCUCAGACUCGCCGUCAAUCCCAGCUACAGCAGUAUGGCUCGCCCCUCUCUGCACAAAACGGAAUCUCGCGCCAACGCCUCCACCGCUCCAGCUCCAGCUGUGCCAGUCAGAGCGCGAGACUCUCCGCCCUAUCUGGUAAGAGGACCCUGACAGGCUCGAGUCGGAACUACUGGGACAUUGGAGGCAGUGUGGAAAGCGGAAGCGCGAUUAGCCCUGUAGCAGCCGGUGCUGGGGCCUGGGGGGAUAUCUGAAUCAGACUAGGUGAUGUGGUUGAUAUUUGAAGCAUCUCUGUUGAAUUUGGUUUCUGGGGAAGAUAUGCGGCGGCAGAUUCAAGAUUCACUAUUUCCAUCAUAGCUUUCUUUCUUCUGUUUUCAGCAUGGAUCGAGGUUGGCGUUUGUUUUUGCGGGUUUUAUUGUCGUGUCUUGUGGAUAGGAUAGGAUAUGGGCAUACAGCGUCCGUACAUACAAAUUUAUGAAAUGGAAUGUGCUUAUGUGGUUGGUCUUUCCAUGAUCUCGGAUGGAGCAACGAAGACUCACAGAGUACAAUAAUGCUUACUCUGUACGAAGUAUGCUGUAUAACUACACCGUUGAAAGAUACCUCGAUGACGUGGAAUAAGCCCCAAAAAGGCCAUACCAAAAAAAUUGUCACUCAUAUCCAGGUGGAAAUAUACGAG